AUGAUAGAAUCCGCUGUUAAUACAUUUGAUGCAACAGCGAAUGCUGUUCUCAAAGUUAUGGAUUCAAUCAGCGAUACAACUCUCAACAAAGCAUUAGAAUUCACAUCAAACUACGAAGAAAAUAUAAUGCAGGUAAAUUCAUGCCUUAAACAAAAUCUCGAAGAAUUAAUCAAUUUAAAUGAAAAUUUUGUUAACGAUACAACACAUCCAUGCCAUUUGGACAUAAGAGAAUGUUCUCAAUUUGGAUAUGAUGUUCAUUGCAGCUACCUCCGUUAUUCAAAUGCUUUGGAUGAAAUCGAAAAAUCGUUUUUGAAUUUAUACGCGGAUAUGAAGAAUAUUGAUGAUCGACUUGUUGCGUUCAACCAAGUCUUUAUGAAGAAUGUAAAUGGCUGUUUUGUUAGUUCUCUUCCGCAUUCCGCUGCAAAGCACGACGAUCACUACAACAAGAUCGUUAGACUAUUUAGAACUGGUUUUCAAGGAUUUAGAUCUCCUUACGUUAUUCCUGUUUAUGCAGCCAAAUUUGAAACGCCAACUGUUACUAUGAAGGCAACUACUGCAUUUAAUGGUACAAAAGUUGGGGAAAUAUCAAUCCAAUCCGGUGAAAAAGUCGAAGCAAUUACUACUUCUUACGCAGACUGGAUGAAAAUCAGAACUGCUAAUGGUAAUGAAGGCUUCGUACCUGUUAAUAUCCUUGAACCUGUAAGAUAA